AUGCCAACCAACACCUGUAACGAUUACCGCAUUUCCUUCUCUUCCAGCCUGGAACACGCGCUACCCAACCCCGCUCACUUGUUCGAACCCACCUCUCAUUAUGAUUCUAAUUCAACCCCUUUCUUUCUGCAGGCUGACGGAUGGAUGAUGGGACACAAUAAUCGGCUCCUUUUCUGGGUACCUCCUGCUUCCCGACAUGCAUUUUAUACUCCUUGGACUUCAUUGGUGAUUCCCAGAGGAUAUCCUGAGAUUGAUUUGAGCCGCAUGGCACAUGGAACGCUUUGGUCGAGUUGCCGAGAUCCCUCCACGUGACAAUGAUUUUAUUGUUGCAAUAUCGAGUGUACCGUUCAAUUCUUUGAUUCCCUGUCAAUUCUGUACCUAGCACAUCGAGCCUGAAUUCAUGGUUGUCCGACUGAA